ACAUCUGCGUACACGGUCCCGUGAAACCGAACCCUAAACUAAAAUUCGACUUCUAGUUUUGACUUUAUAAACAAAUCAAACACACAAAUUAAAAAUGCAGUCCGCUAAGUUCUACGUUAUUGGAGUAUGCUUCGUAGUGUUCGCCGCUUCGGUGUGUGGCGCUCCUUUGGAUGACUCGGAUAAGGCGACAAUUUUGCGUUACGACAACGACAAUGGCGGUCUUGACGGAUACAACUUUGCGUAUGAGACCAGCGAUGGCGUCACACGCCAGGAACAAGCUGAGCUGAAGAACGCUGGUACUGACCAGGAAGCGUUGAGUGUGCGCGGCUCAGUCAGCUGGGUGGCCCCUGAUGGUCAGACCUAUACACUGAACUAUAUUGCCGAUGAGAAUGGCUUCCAGCCACAGGGUGAUCAUUUGCCACACAACUGAGAAGGCAGCGCACAGCUCAUUAGUGUUAAACCACUUACAUAUUUCAAUAAAACUAAACAGUAUUCAUAUAACAUAA